AUGGUUACUCCAGAAGAUCGAUCAUUUAAAAAAUUUCUCUCCCAGUUUUCUUAUUCCUCGAACAUCAAAGAUAAUAAUAAUAAAGAUAAUUCAACUGCUAUUAAAACACGUGAAAAAAGUGCAUCAAUUAUAAAACAAUUAAAAACUCGUACUUCUCCAUAUCAAAAAUGUAAAGAAUCAAUAGAAUCAAUUCAAAUAAUUAAUGCUACUAAUACUUCGGCUAAUCCUGAUAUUAUCGAUUUUAAUUUAAAAGUAUUAUUCGUUGGCAUUAAUCCCGGAAAAAGAAGUGCCCAAGUUGGACAUCAUUUUGCUCACCAUUCAAACCAUUUUUAUCCAUGCCUUGUUGAAAGUGGUUUCACAAAUAAUGAAAUUAUUAAUUAUAAGGAUGAUGUGACUUUACCAAAAAGAUUUAAUAUUGGAAUUAGUAAUGUUGUCGGUCGUGAUACGCGUUCUUCCGCGGAUUUAUCUCCAGCCGAAUUACGAAAUGGAAUUCCAUCUAUAAUAAGAAAAGUAAAAUUAUAUAAACCAAAAUUUUUGUGUUUUAUAGGAAAAUGUGGAUUUGAUGCAUUUGAGAAAGUUUAUCGAACACCUAAUAUAGAAAAAUCUAAAAAUUUUGGUGCUAGAGUUAAGCAUUAUCAAAAAUCUGAAAAAUUAAAAUAUUUCAUUGAAUUAAAAAAACUACAGGUGGGAUUUCAGGAGAUAAGUGGAAAACAAUAUAAUAUGACUACACAUCCGAUAUAUCAACUUUUCUGGCUUCGAACAUAUAUGCGAGAAGAUAACAUCGAAACAAUAUCAGAAGAACCGGAAACAGAGCGGGAAGAGUUUACUCCAAUUAACACAGAUUUGAUCAUGCAUCCUGAUAAAAGACCACUUGCAAUGCAACUCUAUGACUCCAAAACAUGGUACCUAAUGGAUGGUAUAGCUCCCGCGGAUGUCGAAGCAAGAACAGUGGUUCCUGCAUCAUCGAAAAGCAUCAAAGACAAGAGUUCGUCAAGAAUUGUAAAUAAAUUUUGUAUGCCACCAUGGUCAACAGAAGAAUUGGAAGCCUGUCGAUUAAAUAUCUUCCCGGAUGUACCACAUGAUUUGAUGUUUGACCUCAAUGACGAGGUAGGUGGUGUGCCAAGAUACGUUUUAAAGACACCAGCAACUAUUAUUUGUCAGGAAAAUCCCAAUACCAAGAAUCAAUUAGCCAUUUUCAAUAAUCGGGAUGUGAUUAAGAAAAGAUAUUUAGAACGUGUUGAAGAAGCUCUUAAAGAAAUUAGCAAUUUCGGAAAGCUUAUACAGUGCUUCUCCGAAGACGGACAAUAUGUUGAAUUCAGCAGUCGCCUUAUUUACCGUUGGGCUGACACUUUCUACCGAGAACAAUCCCUCUCAUGGACCUCUGGUCGCAUUUUUGAUAAAAUCCAGGAAAAACUUGAGGAUAGUAGAUGGAGCAAUCUAUUUAUAAAAAUUAAAAGUCCUCAUGACCCUUUCAGUUCUAGAGAGAUUAUGCUUGAGUCAUAUGUACUCCACCUCUUCAAGCUCGGUGGUCAAACGUUCGAAUCAAGGAGACUUCGAGAAAACGAGUUAAAAUUUUGCAUAAUUAUUUCCAAUGAUAAUUGA